GGCAGACGCCGACAAUUGAUCCAUGGUUUGUUCGAGCAGAAAAUUCAAGGCGACGGGCGGUGCUGAAGCGCAGAGACAGCCAUUUGCACGGUAGGGGCAGGACGUCGUUGUCGUUGUCGUUGUCGUUGUCGUUGCAGUGGCGGUCGUGCGUCGUCAGGUCGGGCUGGAGUGGCGGUAUGGGACGGUGGAAGAAGUUGCGAGGUGGUGGUCGUCCGAGUUCGAUGGAUGGAAGGGUGGAUGGAUGGAUGGACGGAUGGUACAGUAGGAUGGUUGAACGAACAAACGAACGGAUGGAGGGGCAGGGCAGGGGGGUGGGGAUGUCUUAACUGCUUGCGUGCGAUGGAGAUUCCGACAUGGCCACUGGCUGAGACGGGGUCUUGAGGGCUCCAUUGUCGUCGGCAGCAUGGACGGGCGAGCAGAUCCCCAUGAGAUGCGUCGGAACUCCACUGUUAUUGAUGGCUGGCUGCCUGCACAUCAGCAAGGGCGGCAUCGUAACGUAAGUGAGAAGAGGGUGGUGUUACUGGUGUGCUGCCACCACCGUUUUGCAGGACCGUUCCGUGGCCGUCCGUUCCCUCGCGAGGUGGUUGUUUGUUUGUUGGUGGAUGGCACGGGCCGUCGGCGUGACGAUUUGCUGCUCAUUGCUUCUGCUCGGCAACAGCCGUUGGGUUCCUGGGGAGGGACUGUCUGUCUGCUGAUGCAUUUUGAGGACUCCCGUCGUGGAGCAUGUUCGUUCACGACAGUACAGCACCAUGCCUCCAUCUCGACCGACGGUCCAGAGGGCUCCUUAGCUAACGUCAGUCUAGCCUUGUUGCAACUUGUUGCUUGUGAGCAGUUCAAGGCCCAACGGAUCCUGUUGGCGAUCCAGUGUUUUUCACCGCCAGGACUUGUUUCCUCUUUCGACCCGGUAGUCCAAGGGGUGCGUAUAUGUUGGCCUGGGCCAGUUCAGCCCAGCACAGUUCAGUCAAGGUUGGAGAGAUCCCCAACGUCGAUGAAUUGGCAGUCGCAGUCCUUGGACAUGUGUCGUCCUGGGAGCGGAAGAUCAGCGCUGCGCACCGGCAAGCCACAGGCCAAUCACCGUGCUGCCGACUGGAACCGCAAAGAUCAGAGAUCUCCUCCUCGCCCCGACAGUCAUGGCAGUUACAAGUACUCUGUACCCAGGUAUUACUACCUGUUAGUUGCCGGUUGAUGAAUCAACUGCCCGGUGGAAGGCGCUCGGCCUCACGUGUUUCGUGAAGGGACUGGCUCCGGGUAGGCAGGAUGUUCUCUUCAAGUGCACUU